AUGAACAACACCUACCCGAUUCCGACACCGAGGGCGAUGAGGAAUGGAACUCCCAACCCAACGCAAAGUCCGAUGAUGAGCUUGUUGCUGGUUCCAUUCGUACUACCAUCAAGAAUCUCUGACACCUUGCCCGUGCUCGUUGAUGAUGACGUGGGGGUCCCGGAGGAUGAACAGGUCACCAUUGUGAAGGCUUCUGUCGUUGACACGGCCGUCGUAGAAACAUCAUCCCGUGAAUCGAGCUCCGCCCGCUUUGUAAUCCCAGCAGAGGAAGCGGAAGAAGUUUUACUCGUCGCACACACACUAGCCAAGGUCGUGUACCAGACAGGAACGGUUGUAGUGGCUGCUGGUCCCCAUGUGUAUGAGUCAACUGCAGCCGUUGCGCCCGCAGCUGCUCCCAGGGCCAUAGUGUACUCGGCUACAGCAGCCAAUUCACAGUCCUCUUCAUCGGCAGCUGUAGUACCAUUGACCCGCAGAGCAAAGUCGGCGACGACCUCAUAUUUCGCACCGGAAAGCGAAUCCAUAUCAACUCCCAAACUGGCUUUUGAACAUUCCCAGAUCAAAGCUCAGCCCAUCAUCAAACUUGACAUGAAUGCCACUUCCGAUGUCAAUAUCGGCGUCUGCAAUGAGAAUCAAGUCCACGCUAAAUACCGCGCCAACUGUGAGGCCGGGAACCGAGAUUCCCGCAACAGUUUCAGACGUAAAAAUGUUGAUGAUCUCCAAAUCGUCAAACUCGAAGUGAAUCUGAGCUUCUGGAAAGGCAGUAUCACCGUCGAGAUCGAAGUCCACGUCAAUAGUCGGCCAAGAUGGAAUGCCUUCAACCUGAAAAGUUGA